CCCGCCUCUGAUGCUUUAUGAAAGCUGGCUUCGCUCUGUUCAUCACUCUGCUGAUCAGACUGACAUCAUGCUGCUCACCGUCUGCGCUCUGCUCCCUGCUCUGGCAGUGGUCAGCUCACAGAAAGUAGUGACGCAAAAGCCUCCAGUUAUAACAGUAGAUAAGGGGAACUCUGUCACUAUGGACUGUAACAUCGCAAAGGAUGAAAAUAAAUAUGUGUACUGGUAUAAACAGAUUCCACAAGAAACUACAGAGUUUGUGUUGAGAUUUUAUCAUUCUCACUCCGCUCCUGAUAAGUACGGAGACAAUUUUUCAUCCACACGCUUCACAUCUAAAGCCUCAUCAAACAUCGACUAUCAGUUAAUAAUCAGUAAUGUGGAGGUGGGAGACUCAGCAGUGUAUUACUGUAACACAUAUGAUAACUCUACUAAAGAGUGGGUAUUCGGCCAAGGAACAAAGCUGAUCGUCAAUGACGCUGCUCUCCCGGCUCCUGUUCUGACCGUUCUCCCUCCGUCCAGUGAAGAGCUGGAGUCUAAAAAAGCCACUCUAGUGUGUUUGGCCAGCGAUGUGGGCAGAUAUUUUGCUGAUGUGCGUUGGCUCGUGAACGGGAACUCGGUCACCAGUGGAGUCAUCACCGGCGCUGCACAGCAGCAAACCAAUAAGAAAUUCACACUGAGCAGCUAUUUGACACUUGACAUCUGCGAUUGGGAGAACAACAAAGUCAUAACAUGUGAAGUGUCUGCUGGAGGAAAAGCUGCAUCAGUGAAUAUUAACAGGUCCGCAUGCAGCAUCCCAACCUGAUUACUGCUUCAUACAUGUGUAAAUUUUUCAGCAGAGGUUUAUAUAUGUUUUAGACGAGUCUGUAGAGAAAGAAAGAAUAUCAGCUCUUGCAUGUAAUCAAAAAUUAUUUCAAUAAAACUUUUUUUGCAAUUCUGAAAAAAGAGAA